AUGGUUGACAUGUGGAAGAUCAUCAUUGGUGUGAUAUGUCUCGCUGUGACGUGUUAUGCCUGUGAUGACAUGGACACGGCAGCAUGCCAGCGUCUGGCCUCCUCAAAACCAAACAUGUGUAACGACACGUGUUAUGCCUCUAUAUGUCAGCGUUACUGUGGCCUCUGUCCAUUAAGAUGUUAUUCCUGUGCAGAUAUUUCAUCAUCACAGAUGUGUAACACUACCAUUGAGUGUCCAAGCCAGGACUACCAAUGUAUAUCUGCAGCAUCAUUCACAAAUGAUUUCCGAGAGGUCUAUAAGCUUGGUUGUGCCCCUAAAGCGGUAUGUUCUCAUUAUGGAAAGCGUUCAAUGAGCAAAAGAGCAGGAACAUCUUGCUGUACGUCAGACCUCUGUAAUCAAAAUGGCGGCAGUAAGAGAGAGUUAGAGGUCAAAUCCCCUGAUACAGCUGUUAAGCGUCAGAGUGGAUCAUCUGUAUGUGCUGACGCCGACAACCUGGCGUGUACGUUACUAUUCACCAUUAAUACUCACAUGUGUAAUGAUGACUGUAUAGCUGAUCACAUAUGUCCAAGACUGUGUGGAAAAUGCAGUGAGUGUUAUGAAUGUGAACAUGUCUCGUCAACCGAGAACUGCACUGUGUCACGUGUCUGCGAUCCAGGGGAGGUUUGUUAUACACUGGAAACUUUGAACUUCAACCUGGAACAUGGCUACCGACUUGGAUGUGUUCAUCAAAGGAUAUGUGACAACCUGCAUACACAAGCAAGUUCAAUAUUUGGACGACGGGCCAGUGGGAACCCAGAGCUGUCAUUGACAGGAGGGUGUUGUCAUGGAGAUCUGUGUAAUCAUCAUCAGCUGGUCCCAGAAACCACGCCCCCUCCAACCACGCCCACAACAGUCCCUACAACCACCGCUAGAGUUUGCAAAUACAACUCGAACAGUUGUCCGUUUACUACUGACUACGUUUAUCAUAACGAAUGUUACCAUAUAGGAAAGACAAAAAUGUCCUGGAUACAAGCAAAGCACUACUGUGAGUCACAGUGUGGACACCUUGCGACAUUUAGAGAUCCCUCGACAAUGGACCGAAUACUCCAUUACGUUACCUCUCAUCAUGUCACCGCUCAUGGACAUCAUGUGUCGGUGACACGCACUGAGCUUUAUGUUGAUGCUAUUGAUCCUUCCCACAAUAACCACUGGAUUUGGGAAUCUAACCUUCAGUCAGUUCCCUCUAACAUGUUUCACUCAAUCAGCUCUCACCAGCUAAGUUACUGUGCCGCUACGACGGCUUCUCUGGGAAAACUGGUGGCAGUCGAUUGCUCAGCGCAGUACUUACCUCUCUGCCAGGCAACACAACAUCACAAAUAGUAAAUUAGCGUUUUAUUCUCCAUUUCAGUGUCUUUUAACUAUGUGAAUUAGUUGGCUAAUAAAGAAAUACAUGUA